AUACGAAUUGCACAUUUUAUUAUCAUCAUACAGUGUGGUGGCCAUUUUGACUACACUGCGCUUUUGCUAACAGAUUAUCAUCGUCAUUAUUCUCACUCUCUCCGUAGUGGAAUCGGUAUUGUGUGUUUGAUAUGCAAGGAAACCAAAACAAAAAAAAAAAGAACAAGAAACACAAAUAAAACUACACAAAUUCGGUUUUCUCUCUUCUCUUGUUGUCAUUUUAUUUUAUUUUGGUUCGUUUCCUUUUUUUUCUCUACAUUUUCCAUACUGUCGUCUACUACACAUUGUGAGUGACCUGUCUAUAUAUCGCUGCGAUGUGCGUGUAUUUGUUAACAUAAACUCUGCAUAGACGAGUGGAAUGAAAUUAUUGUAGUUAUUGUUGUUUUUUUUUAUUUCUUCUGUCGGCUGUCGUUGAUUGAUUCCAAUUUCCGAAUCGAAAAUCAAACACCGAAUUAUUCACGCAAAUGAGAAUAAAACCAUAAACUGCAUCAAUUUUUUUUUAUUUCGUCUGUCAUACACGUAAACACAGUGUUCAGUGUCAUUAAAAGCCGCCGCAUUGUGAAUCGAUCGAAAAAGAUUAAAUAAAAACUAAACUGAUUUUGAUUAUAUACGCGAAAGUUCAUUGCAAAAUUAAAAUGCACUCGAUGGAAUGAAUACGGGCGAAAGAGAGAUCAAGCAACGAGAAAAAGUAACAAAAAUAAUAAAUUUAAUAAAGAAAAAUUAAUUUGAAACUUGAUGGUUGUUGAACAUUGAUGAGACACAGAGAGGCAGAGAGUGAGAGAAAAGAGAGAGAGAGAGAUCGACUGUCAUAUGUUAUUAUGUUGAUUGGGGUUGGCAUGUUGUUAAAUCGAAAAUUCCGCUCUGACUAAGUGAAUCGAAACAAUUAAAGGAGAGCAAGAGCGAAACGGAAAAAGUUUUUUAUAUUUAUUUAUUAUUUAUGUUGUUGUUGUUGUUAACGGAGAAAAGAAUAAAUAACAUGACAAUAGUUCAUUGCUUCAUCAUCAUUGCAACGACAGAAGCCAGAAAAAAGUCAAUUGCUGUUGUUUGAACGAGAAAUUGCAAACGAAUACAUAUAUAUAUAUAUAUGCGUUCAAUAAAUGUGUGCAAAUUAAGUUGCAUUCGAUUUGUUAUUUCAUGUGUUUAUUUGAGUCAGUUUUUUUUAUGUAUUUCUCUUAUACUGACGCCGUUCUUUACAUGUAUUUUUCCUGUAUUAUUUUGUGUUCGUUUUUUUUAAAUUUCGGUUUGUUAUUGCUGCUCUUGUCGCCUGAUUCAAUUGAGAUAAGUGAGGCGAGUUAAUAAUUUGAUAGAGAAGAGCUAAAUCGGUGUAUCUGUGUGUGCAGUGCCGUAUUCCGUUCUUCGUUCAUCUGUUUGUUUGUAUUUUUUUUUUAUUCGUGAUUUAUCAUUAUUCGCGCACGGAAUUUAACCCCAAGCCAAUGUACCCGAAAAAUUGCCAUCGGUAAAUGUGUGAAUCAUGUAUGGCAAAAGUAAUCAGUGAAUAAAUCAAUCGGUGGAUGUGAGAGAGGAAUGUGGAUAGAAUCGGUUUCAGUUUCAGUGAAUCUAUGUUAACGAUUGCUUUGAAUUGUUGCAGCAUACUUUGUGCGAGACGAUAGAGAGAUAAAAACAAAGCUGAACAAAAAACCAAAACGUUUCGGUGCUGAGUUAGGAUUUAUUGAAUGACAACUAAAUGACAAGAUAAAUAAUAGACGACAAAAAAGACUAAUCAUCACGCAGAACCAGAUCAGUGAAUUCGAAUGAACAAAUUAAAAAUCAAAUAACGAAAAAAAAAGAUCGACCCAUUCGUCGAAGUACCAAUUUGUGAGUCAAAGAUUGCGAAAGACAUUUGUGAACAAUAUUGCAAAAGUGGACUAAAAUUCAAUCGAUCAAAAAAAAAAAACAACCGAAUAUAAAAAAGACAUUGACCAAGUGUAACGGUGAAUUUGUUCAUUCUAACAGAACGUGUGUACGAGAGAACGUGAAAAUAGCGCGCGCGCGACAGAAAACGACAACGAGCACGGCACCGAGUGAGAGCAAAUCGAGCAAACAAGUUGAGCAAAGAGAUAGAACGAACAACGAGCAACCGUACGCGCCUUUGCUGUUGCUCUUUUUGUGUUGUUUUAUGAAGUGUGUGUGUGACACAUUCGCCCGUUGAAGUAACCAAUGAAUUAAGGUGAACGAUGAACUGCAUUUGUGGUAUCAGUAGACGCGUGUGCAAGUGCUUAAUACCUUUCAUACAAGCUGAACAAAAGAAAACAAAACAACAAAAAGCUGCAGGACAACGGAGAGAGAAAACUUUUACUCAGUGUGUUUGUUCAGAAAAUUAAUUAAAGUGAAUAAUUUAAUGGCCAUUUAAAACUGGAGACACACAAGUGACCAGCCACAUUUUAUAUAUAGUUUAUUCAACGCCUUUUGGAUUACUAACGAAUUAAAAAAAAUAAUAAUAUCGAAAGCGGAAUACAGAAAAGAAGAAGCGAAAAAGAAGAAGAAGAAGAAGAAGUGUUGUUAUUUGGAAACGAAAAUUUGUUACGUAGAAAUCAACAUGAAAUAGUUUUGAACAGUGGAAACAUGAAUAAAAAAUAGAAUGGGCCAUUGCAAUGGUUGCAUGGUAGAAUGAGAGAAAAACCACCGAUUUGUAGAUUUGUUUUUGUUUUUCCAUUAAUAAUCAAUUGGAUUAACUGAGGAUUAUAUGCAAAAGCCAGCGUAACCACCAGCAUCAUCAUCAUCAUAGUUCAUCUGGCAUACAUAUCGUGUGCAUAUAUAUGCAACCAAAUCAAAACUAUUAUUAUUCUAUCGCAUCGUCAAUGCAUGUUAUUUUAACCAAAAAAACUGAAUAAAACGAUCGGAUCAAAGGGACAAAACCAUUCCGACGCAACCAAACCGAACCGAACCGAACAAAAUCCAAAACAAGAAUAAAAAAAAUACAUGACUGAGAUAAACAUAUAUAUGUACAUUGAACAGUGUAAAAUUCAAACUAUUAUUUGGGAUUACUACUUGUGAAUAUUCAUAAACACACAGCGAACGCGGAGAAAUAUUCUAGUUCCCGACUUUAUUCAUCUUCAUAUUUAUAUUGUAAGUUCCAUCAUUCAAUACUGGUGCAUCCAAGAAAUACACAAGCGAAUAUCGUUAAGUGAUUUGAAGAACUAAAAUGAUUGGUUUGUCUCAAGGGUCGGGGCCCUGUAUCUCCCGCCGUUUUGCAUCCGAAUCAUUCACAACUGAAACUGCUUUGUUCAAUAAUCAAGAGUCGAUUCCAUCAUUUCCAUCGUUCGGUUCCACAUCGUUUCCGUCUAGUUUGUCUUUGUGUGCUUCAAUUGACGACGAGAUAGAAGUGUCGAUUUUCGUGGGCUCGCUUUGUGCGUUGGCCCAAAUUUCUCAGUCUGCAUGGAGUCAAUGAAAAGUGGUUCGGCAAAUCAUAGCCACCACCCGAAUAAGGUGGCCAUUAACAGCCUAGAAACGGAUAGCAAUAAGCAAACGAUACCUAGCAAUGUUAGUGGCAGUACUUUAAACAAUAAUAAUAAGAGUAGCGGAAAUAAUCAGCAGCAGCAAUCAGCGACGGAAUCAAAGGAAAAUAAUUUUGAAUAUGAUGAUAAUGAAUGGGAUGUAGGCGGCAUCGGUGAUUUGAUCAAAGAUUUAGAUAACGACAUAAAAAAGACAUCGGAAACAGUAUCGCAAAACGUGAAUUCGCAAAGUGAACAAAGUAGCAGUAGCAGCAGCAGCAGCAGUACCAGCAGCAGUGGCAGCGUUAGUGCCAGCAGUAGUAAUAGUAGAAGUAGUUCAUCAUCUCCAUCGAGUUUAUCAACGCCAUCGAGCACAUCGGCUGCAUCAGCACAACUAAAUCAACAGCAGCAACAAAAACAACAACAACAGCAUUCUCAAUCAAUUGGCUCGUCAACGAUUCCAAGUAAUCGAUUAAUUGAGCACGACAACAACACAAAAACUAAAAAAGAUUCAUUAUCCGACACGGAUAAAAGUGGUAAAACGAAAAGCGCACAGUCGCCAUCGACUUCAACGGCCAUUGACAAGAGUCAAGCGAAAAAUCAAUCGAUAUCAUCACCGUCAUCGUCAUCGAAACCAUCGAGUGCACCGCACCAAUUGAAUAAGCAAAAACAUUCGGCACUUAGCGAUCAAGAGAUUGGCAAAAAAUUAACACAAAAAUCAACGUCAACCAGUAACACUGCAACGGAACUGAUUGCAUUGGACAAACCCUCGCUAAAUAUUGGCAAUAUGUCUUCAAAUACGGCUGGUCAAACAACUGGUAAGGCAGGCAAUAAAGUAGCCGAUCAUCAUGCAACGCUGGACAAAGGUCUCAAAAUGAAAAUUAAACGAACCAAACCUGGCACCAAAACCUCAGAGGCAAAACACGAAAUCGUGAAAGCCGAACAAAAUGGCUCACUAUCGGGAGCGGAUGAUAUCAAUCCUUUAAAUACUUCAAAUUUGGGAUCGGGAAACAAAAAGAUUUCCCUGCAACAGCAGCAGAAUCAGCCAUCGUCUGGCCUGCAGCAAUCCCAAUCGAAUCAAAACCAAUCACAGGCGAAUUCAUCGUCGUCACAACAACAAUUACCGUCUAGUCCGGCCUUGACAUCAACACCGAAUACAUCACAGACAAAUAAGCGUACGAAUAGUAGUCAUCGACGCGACAAAACUCGUGAUAAAACUUCGUCGUAUUCUCAACGUGAUAAAGCAAGUAGCAACAACUCUUCAACGGCUGUUAACAAUAGCAACAACCUAAACAAUAGUGACAUUCACAAUAGUUCGGCCUCAAACAGUGAUCGCAAUUACAAUUGCCAUGAUUUAAAUACAUCGGUGUCUGCUGCAACAACACCAUCAAAGGCCGAACACGAUUUGUUAGGUGCUUCAAUUGACAAUGGGAUAUCUCAACGCAUUUCUUCGGCACCAUUACAAGCGAGCGCAAAUAACACAUCCAAUUCAAAUGUAAUCUCAUCGGCAUUGAAUUCUGCCAAUGCAUUUGGAUCGAAUACAAACCUGCCCGGUUCGAUAUCAUCGUCAAAGACACCGAAUGUACCGGGACCACCUCAAAUCGACGGAAAGUUGUCAUAUUCAACCACAAUUAUUUCACACAUUCAACAACAGUCACAACUAAAUUUCCAGUCAAACAACAUUUCGGCGACACCAAAUUCGCAGUCGAAGUCAUCGUCUUCAUUGAAACUGUCAAAUGCUCCGGCAUCACCGCAAAUCGAUAGCAAGAUGGGAAUCUUGUCGAAUGGUGAGGAGAGCACAAGUCCACCGCCAACAAAGAAAAUCAAAUGCGAACCAAAAGAUAUGGUCGAUGUGUGCGUUGGAACAUCGGUUGGAACAAUUACGGAACCAGAUUGCUUGGGACCAUGCGAACCAGGCACAUCCGUUACACUAGAAGGAAUUGUAUGGCAUGAGACUGAAGGUGGCGUAUUAGUUGUUAAUGUUACAUGGCGAGGAAAAACCUAUGUUGGCACACUUUUAGAUUGUACCAAACACGAUUGGGCACCACCAAGAUUCUGUGAUUCACCAACUGAAGAGUUGGACUCUCGAACUCCGAAAGGACGAGCUAAACGCGGUAGAAGUGCUGCACAACAGCCGACUAAUGAUCUUAGUAACUUUACUGAAACCCGAAGCUCUGUGCACAGCAAACUGCGAAAUGCAAGCGCAAAAGCACGAGCUGCGCGAACGUCAACCAGCUCCACAACAAAUACAACCAACACAACGACAACCAUUACUGCGUCAAACGUGGGUAUUAAUUCAACAAACAUUAGUUCGAUCACAGCCUCUCCACCAGACAGUUUUCUUCCGACAAACGCGCGUCGAGCUGAAAAGCGAAAGUCAAAAGACGACAGUCCACCGCCAUCGUUUAACGGAAGCGACAGCAAUGGCAGUAAUAGUGGAAGUGCCACAAAUUCUGAUUUAAAUGUGCAGAUUCCGAAGAAAGUGAAAACCACUACACCUUGUGCGAUCUCGCCUAUUUUGUUAGAAUGCCCUGAACAAGACUGUAGCAAAAAGUAUAAGCACGCCAAUGGUUUGAAAUAUCAUCAGAGUCAUGCUCAUGGAGCCGGUUCGAUGGAUGAGGAUUCACAACAAUUGCCCGAAUCUCCACGUGAUUCGCAACAGUUGCCCGAAUCGCCUCCGCCACUUCCAAAGCAUGCAGCGGCUAUUCAUUCGUCACCAUUACCAUCGUCACGAUCCUCGUUGUCUUCGUUCGAAUCGAUCGUAGCAUCUGGGUUCAGCGAUAUAACACCAACGCCACCACCUGCGCAACCCGAGCAAACAAAUGAUGCUGCCAGUGGAGCUGCUGAGCCAACAACUGCAGCAACCACAACAACAACACCGGCCAGUACUCCGGCAUCGGUGCAGAGAUCGCGAACACCAACACCUUCACUUGAAACAAAGCCCAGUUCGGCGCCUGCCUCAGCGAUACAGGAAUCAAAUCAAACGAGCCCAAGUGUGACAUCUGAACCACCGAUCGCAUUGCCAUUAGUUGGUCAACCUCAUCCCGCGAAUAAUAAUUCCAUACAAACGCCCAAGAGCGAGGGUCAAGCAAAAGCAUCGACACCAGGCCCGCAGCCCGUUUCAAUGGUGAAAACACAGAAAAAGCAACGAAAAGAAGGCACUAAUGACUUUGAAAAUACGUCGCGUGAAAGAGACGAUGUACAGAGUCCGGCUUACAGCGAUAUAUCCGACGAUUCAACACCAGUUGCUGAAUCCGAAAUGAGCGGAAUGUUUAAAGAUAAGAAUCAAGCAGUUAAGCAUCCUGCCGACAUUCUGCCAAAGAAAGUUGGUGAAACAUUACCUCCGCAAUCGUCCCAAAUGGGCUAUGGAAUAUACCAUUUCUGUGAAUUUCCACAAGCGCAACCAGCAACAUCGGCCACUGCGCCCGAACAUGCUAAUGGAAAACAAAGCACACCACAGCCGGUUCCAACAUCGAUACCAGGAAGCAUUCAAGAUUAUAAAGCACCUGUAACAGCGUCAGUUACCACACCAGUAACGACGCCAGAAAUAACAAGUCGAUCGAUGCAUCCACAUCCAGGAGCACCACCAGUUAUGUCACAAGCCAAAUUCCUUGGCAACUACUAUCCAUACAACUAUAUGCCUGGAUAUCCAUAUAAUAUUGAUCCAAACUAUGGACCAGUAUCGAUGGUAUCGGAUGAUGGAAAAUUACCCGCACCACAGCCAAUGAUCAAAGAAGAACGCUUAAAAGAAAGUCCUAGUCCAAACGAAAAUCCUAAGAGUCAAUUGCAGAACCUUCCUGCCAAAAUGGUGAAGACAGAGCCAGGAAUUGGAAAGGAUUUGAAGCAACCCCAAUCGCUUCCACCGCCACACGAAGGCCAUCCAAAAGAUAUGAAUGCAUCGCCAAUCGGCCCUUAUUCCAGUAUGUUCCAACGGCAACCAUUGAACGUUCCACAGCCACAGCACAUGCGAGAGGAAGAACUUAGAAGAUAUUACGGCAUGUAUCCUGAUCAACGAAGACCGGGUGGCCAACCAAUGCCACCGAAUAUACCGAAUAUGCCGAAUAUACCGAAUAUGUCGAAUAUGCCCAAUAUGCCGCAAAAUAUCAAAGAGGAACCACAUUCGCCAUCGCAGCCAGCGUCACAAGGACAAACACAUCGUGACCGCGACCGCGACCGCGACCGUGAACGUGAACGUGACCGAGACCGUGACCGAGACCGUGACCGAGACCGUGACCGAGACCGUGACCGCGACCGUGACCGUGAACGUGAGCGAGAUCGUGAACGAGAAAAAGAGCAUCAUUCGCAGCCAAAAAAUUUAAAAAGUUCUGGCCAUAGCACGCCUCAGCAGCAGAAGCAAGCGUCAAAAGAUUCCAAGAAUGAGGAAAAAGAUCCGCCGAAAGCGAAGCAGGACAUUGGCCAGAAACCAACAUUUGAAUCACAAGGGCCACCGCCACCUCCAACAUCGCAAUUCUAUGCGAUUCAUCCACCAUACAUGAGCCCCGGCCCAUUCGGUUUUGAGCCGUCGAUGUAUCGAAAUAUGAUGGUCCCGUACAAUUCAUCUCCAUAUCAUUUGCAAAUGUCACGAUUCCAUGCACCUGAAGAUUUGUCACGAAACACAAGUUCUAAAGCACUUGACAUCCUGCAACAUCAAGCCGCUCAAUACUAUAAUACCCACAAAAUCCAUGAGUUGAGCGAACGUGCGCUGAAGAGUCCAACCAGUAUUAAUGCCAACAAUCAAUCACAACAUCCAGCGUCGCAACCGCCUGUUUCGCAGCAAUCAGCACAACAGCCACCGAAUAGCAUGAAUCCGAAUAGCAUGAAUCCAGCCAGUGGACCAAUGCCAGGGCAUGCCAAUUUGCAAACACCACCAACAUCGAUGCCACCCACGACUGGUGCAAAAAGCGGCCCAUCAAAUGCAUCACAGCCAACAAAUUUAAGCGGAACUCCUGGUGAUAUGCCACCAAACAAAGAAGGAUCGAGCAGUGAACGAAGUCCACCGCCAGCAAUGCGUCACAUUCACACACACCAUCAUACCCAUGUUGGCGUUGGUUUGGGCUAUCCCAUGUAUCCAGCAGCGUAUAGCGCUGCCGUAUUGACACCGCAACAAGCAGCCGUUGCCGUUAUAAAUCCAUUUCCACCCGGACCAACUAAAUAAUUAGAGGAUAAAACCACAAGUGAUUCACUACGAAAAAAGUUCGACGAAACGAAAAAGAAACCAUGAUAGCGCUUCAACACAUCAGUCGACAUUUUGGCCAGACCCUUGACAAAAUGGAGAGGAGGAGAAAUGUAAUUUAGACAAAGAAAAGUUAGGCGCAUCGACCCACAAACACAUCCAAAACAACAGUGACUUCCAUCAUUAUUUGAACAAAAAAAAAAAAAAAACAAUGAAAUUGAAUUUAAAACGGAAAACCUAAAUCCAAGGACAGAAUGUAAUCUGUUCUGUAUUAUGACAAGUGAAAGUGAGAUGCAUGAACGGAAAAUCGAGUGCUAUCGAGUGCACAAAUGAACAUUCAUACAGUUUACAAACAAUCGAAGAAAAUUGUGAAGAAACAAACACUGUUUUUUCUCGGACAAAAGUAAAGAUACAAACAAAAACAAUUUUAACAAAGCGAACGCCAUAGAAAAAUGGACACAAUUUUAAACAUAAAGAUCUAAAUUUAAAAAAAGUUUAACAUUAACAACAACAACAUUAUUAAUCAAUAAAUUAAUAGCAAGCAACUGAAGUAAUUAUAUUGUAUUUAAAGUAAUGAAAGAGAGAAAGAGAGAGAAAAAAAAACAAGAAAUAUGUGAUGAUUACAGAAUACUUUUCUUUAGUUCGUUUUAAUCAAUUUAUAUUUUAAACAGAAAUGUGUGUUUUGUACGAUAAAUGAAGAAAAAAGAAAAUUAAUUCGUUUUUUUAUUCAAUAAGGGAAUUCGCUUAUUUUUGUAAAUAUAAUUGUGAAGAUAACAAACAAACAAACAAAAAACAUGGGAAAUCAACAAACAACAACAAAAAAAUGGAUUGAAUCAUGUCAACACAAAAAAUUUAUAAUUAAAAAGAAGAUACAAAGCGUAGAAUUUAACAAUUUCUCAGAUUAAUUAUACGUAUACAAUUGCUAAGCUUAUUUAAAUUAGUAAACGACCGAGUGGAGAAGCAGAAAUUAUCUAAGUUAAUAAAUAGUUCGAUAGUGACUAAAAACAAAUGAGAGACGGUGAGAAUAGAAAAAGAAAUCAAGUAUGUGCAGAACAAUUUUUUUUUUCGUCGAUGUUUAUUGAAAGUAAUCGUAAAAAAGCAAGGAUAGUAACAGAAGAAAAGUAAACAAACAGAUCUUCUCUUUUUGUACAACAUAUAUGCAUCGUGCGUGAGCGUGAGCGCGCAUCUGAUGAAAAUCACUUUUAAGGGAAUUACACACAAACACACACACACACAAAACAUUUGUUGUUGUUAGUUAAUUUAGUUUUUUUUUUAAUUCUUUUUAUUCCUAAUGUAUUUUCUUUCGUGUUAGGCAUUGACAAAUUUCUUUCUGAAAUAGAUUUUAACGGAGAAAAAAGAACAUAGACUAUCAAAUGGGAUUUAACCAAUUUGUAGAGAGAAAAGAUGAAACAAUUCCAGACUAACGAACACACACCACACACAAAAACGAAGAAAAUCGAUAAAAUAAUUGUACAAUAGAAUUUUGAGAGAGAGAAAAAAAAAUGAAUCAAAAAAUCGCUACUUUUACACACAAACACAUAAAACUUAUUUCCAUUUUCUGAAAAUUUUUGUUCGGAAUAAUGUAGCACUUUUGAAAAAAAAAACAAUGAGUCAGUCAGAGAUAGAAUCAUCCGAAAUUAGCAUUACAAUUGAUUUGUUUGCAACACAAUGUUAUCAAAUGAAAAUUGUGGAAAUGAUCACGGAAUAUCGCGAAUUUAUCAAACAAACGGAAAAACGUCUUCUUCUCAACUUCACACCGCCAUGCCAUAGGAUCAACAACAUUAAACGCAGCAGUUUGAAUGAUCAGUGCAUCGCCAUCGUUGUCGUGAGUUCACAUUCAAGUGACAAAGCGGGUGAUGCCGUGUAUGAGGCAUCAUUCGAACUGUACUGUAGAACUAAUUAUUUUGACGUUUCAACACGUAUCCGAAACCCUUUUUUUCCUCUUCUUUAAACUUAAUUCUUACCAAAAUUUAAUUAUUAUAUAUCGUAAGCGAUAGAGCUCGUAAAUUAUGAAUGUAUUAGAACAAACAAACUAACAAAAAAAAAACCUAAAAAAAUAAAUAAAUACAAAUGCGACAAAAAAAAAUUCUUCUAAAUGUUGUUCCCAAUCCCCCGAUGUAAUGAUGAUCAUUUGAGUAAGAAUACAAUUGCUAGAAAUGACUAGGUAACAUAUUAUUAUGAUGAAUGGAAAUGGAAAAGGAAAAGAAAAACAUUAAAAUUGAAUUGGUAAUCAGUGGGAAAUGUUUCAUCAAACUAACACACAUAUUUAAACAAGAUAACAAAAGAAAAUACACAUUUAACAACAACAAAAACAAACAAACAAACUAAAAAAUAUAUGAAGAAAUUAAAUAAAGACUGCGGACGAAAUUGGAUUUUCGUUUUAUGACCAUCGACCAAGCAUAAACAAUUUUUGUUGUCUGUGCGUGAUGCCCAAAAUAAAAGAUAUCAAAAAAUUUAGGAAAAAGAAUAAAAAAUCUGUCUACAUCCAAGACUCUCCAAACACACACACACACACACGAUGGGUAAAACAUUCGAAACACAAAAACAAAACGAGUAACCAAUGCAAACAACAACAACAACAGAUCUAACCAUUAUUAUAAAUAAAGAUGUGAAUCAAUGCGAACGCAUUCGCUACGUAAUGAAUGAAGAAAUGAAGAAACAUGCACAAAAAAAACAAAUUAUUAAUAGGGAGAUAAUCAAUUACCAUUUAUAUAUAUAUAUAUAGUAAACUUAUUUUAUAUUUCUCGUAAAAUAAUGAAUAAAAAACCAACAGCAUUGAGGAAAAUGAAUUAAAAUGAAGGAAGCAGAUGAUGGAAGAGAACAAAAAAACAAUGAAAUUAUAUAUAUAUACACAUAAACGAAUCUAUCGAUUGCUUUAGGUGUGGAACUUGCGAAAUAGACAUUUUCAAUAUAAUUCUAAAUUUAAUGAAACAAAUGCAUACUUAAACACUACUUAGAAAUCCACACUUUUUCUAAUUGAAUUUAAAAGCAAACGACAUCAUUACAUUUGAAAUUUUACUGAAAUGAAAAAAAAUUCGCAUUUCGGCCCAUUUAUUUUCAUGUUGAUGCCUCAAAAUGUGUGCAAUGUGGCAUAAAAGUGCACGUGUUUUAAAUAAUGUGCAUCUUUCGAUCGUGCAACCAGCACACAGAUCCAUCACAAUUUCAAAUGAUUAAUGAAGCACGAGCGAUAAAAUCGUUAUAUUAUGUGUCGUUAUGUCUCGCCUAGUUAUGAUUUCACCUAACACUUUUUUUUAUCAUUUCUUGUGCAUCAGCGAAUUGUUAUUAAUUCUCCUCAUUGUGAAUGAUUGGUUAAACAAAAAUCCGAUUGUUCGUUCUGGAUAUAUAUUGAAUAGGCAAUGAAAAUAAACAAAUUCCACGUCAACAAAUUUUUUUUUCGAAAAAGAAAACAAUAAAAUACAUCAUUCUUUUUUUAGUUUAUUUUGCUUAAGUUGUCAUUUGACUUAAAAGAGUCAAUUCAAAACACGGAAAAAAAAGAUGAAGAACAUGAAUGCGAAAAGCAAUUAGUAUAUGUGUAAUUAUAUUUUUCUUGUACAAAAUCUUGCGCCAAUAAUAAUGCACACCUGAAAAAAGAA